GGACCUGCGUCAUACGAACAUAUAAACUGGCUGAGCCUCGUUCUUUGGCUUUGCCGUUCCCGUUUGAGCUCUUUGAUCCAAAACAUCAUCUUUUCUAACAAGUACGGGAAAGAGGAGAAGAACGAGAGGAGAGUGAGAAGAAGAAAGUUUUGCAUUUAAUCCCUUUAACUCUAUUUCAUCUCUUCUCAAAUUUCUUUCUCAUCUUUGCUUUCUUUUGAAUAUUCUCCUACCUACUUACGGGUAACGUAACAUAAGACGGACAAUAUGAAAGGGUUCGGAGCUAUAGUUGCUUCGGUUGCAUUAUCUUCAAUAUGUGAUGCUCGUCAAUUGGUUUUACCUCGAGAUGCGUCUCCCAAAAUCGUCGCUGCUGAAGUAUUAGCUGCCCCUAUGUAUGCUGUCAAGCGUGCAUUGCCAGAUUCGCCAACAGGAAGCUAUACACCAGGAGCAGUGGAUUGUCCUGACACGAGACCAGCAAUCAGAAAUGGCAGUGAAUUAUCUGCCAAUGAAACAUCAUGGCUAGAAUUACGAAGAAAUAACACGAUUGACCCCAUGAUAACUUUCCUCGAAAGGAUGAACAUUUCUGGAUUCGAUGCAAAAUCAUAUAUAAACAGCGUCUCCGGCAAUGCAUCUACAUUACCGAAUAUCGGUAUAGCGAUUUCUGGAGGAGGCUACCGUGCAAUGUUGAAUGGUGCUGGAUUCAUCGCUGCCGCCGAUGAUCGAACGGCUAAUUCAACAAACUCGGGACAAAUCGGAGGUCUUUUACAAGCUACAACCUACCUUGCAGGUCUAUCUGGUGGUGGAUGGUUAGUAGGAUCAAUCUACACGAACAACUUUAGUAGUGUCGAAAAUUUACGAGAUAGUUCUGACGUGUGGAACUUUCAAAAUUCGAUCUUCGAAGGGCCUAACGAUGAUCAUAUUCAGAUCUUGAGUACUGCUGAUUACUACAGCACCAUCAAGAGCGAGGUUUCUGGAAAAGCAGAUGCCCCUCUCAAUUUCAAUACAUCGAUCACCGAUUAUUGGGGACGCGCAUUAUCCUUUCAAUUGGUCAAUGCUACAGAUGGUGGACCAGCUUAUACAUUUUCAUCAAUUGCACUCCAGGACAACUUCGCAAAUGGCGAAAUUCCUAUGCCUUUUCUCGUCGCUGACGGCCGUUCGCCAUACACCGAGAUCAUAUCACUAAAUUCAACCGUCUACGAAUUCAAUCCGUUUGAGCUUGGUUCAUGGGAUCCUACGACAUACGCCUUCGCACCCCUUCGUUAUAUUGGUUCAAAUUUCACCGCUGGUUCCAUCCCUGACGGUCAACAAUGUGUUCGUGGUUUUGAUCAAGUCGGCUACGUGAUGGGUACUUCGUCCUCACUUUUCAACCAAUUUUUGAUUCAAGCCAAUCAAAGUUCGCUUCCAACUAUUGUCACCGAAGCGUUCACCGCCAUUCUUGACAAGAUCGGAUUCAUCAACAAUGAUAUUGCGCAAUAUCAGCCUAACCCCUUUUAUGGAUUCAACAAUGAUACCAAUCGUAAUGCCCAAACGACCCAAUUAGAUUUGGUAGAUGGUGGUGAGGACGGCCAGAACGUCCCUCUUUAUCCUCUCAUCCAACCUAUCCGUGAAGUAGAUGUAAUCUUCGCAAUCGAUUCAUCUGCGGACACCACAUAUUUCUGGCCCAACGGAACAUCUCUCGUUGCAACCCACGAACGUUCUCAAAAUGCAACCAUUGCAAACGGAACCGCAUUCCCCUCGAUCCCUGGCCAAAACACAUUCGUCAAUCUUGGACUCAACAAACGCCCCACUUUCUUUGGUUGCGAUCCCUCCAAUUCCACAGGCCAAACACCCUUAAUCGUCUACGUCCCCAACGCUCCCUACAUCUACCAGUCCAACGUCUCGACCUUCGAUCCCACCUACAACGCCACCGAACGCAAUCUCAUCAUUGAAAACGGCUACAAUGUCGCUACCAUGGGUAACUCCACCAUCGAUCCCGAGUGGCCAACCUGCGUUGGGUGCGCAGUCAUCUCUCGCUCGCUGUACAAGACCAAUACCACCGUCCCCGAUGCAUGCACCGCCUGUUUCAACAGAUACUGUUGGAAUGGUACUUUGGAUACUAGCGAUGUGGAAUACGACCCUGCCUAUAUCGUCGGAGAAAUUUCAGCUUCUUCCGAUGCGACAGCCCUGGGAGGAAACAAAUUCACGAGUAUCAUUGUUGCUGUCGCUGCAGCUGCAUAUGUUGUUUUUGCAUAGAACGAUAUGAGGAAACGUACGUAUGAAAAGGCGAAAAAAAAAAACUAUCGCGGAAACGGGGAGAAAAACUUUGGAUUUUGGGAUGGGUUUUUGUAUGUUUGUAUAUAUAACGACAUUCUAAUGAGGGAUGAUGGGGGUCCGAUUCUACACUUUUAGCAUUUGCAUUUGCAUUGCAUUGUAUUGCAUUGAGGAAGAUGGUUGGUUACAUACCUGGUAGUUGAUUGGUUUUUAUUUCUGAAUAUUAAUUAUGGGUGAAGAGAUGAUGAGCGGACUGUACUGUACUAUGUACUGUUUAUAUCUAGUUCUUUGGAUGUAAAAAAAUCGAAUCAUAUCGUGUGUGUAUGUGUGUAUCGGCAUGUAUGUAUGUACUAGAGUAUAAAUAUGAAUCUAGAAUUCGAAGAGUUGAUAAUUUGAGAGGCAGGAGUUAUUAGGAGGUUGAUAUUUUAUAAACUCAUAAACCCACAGACUUGUAGACUUGUGUAUAUACAUAUGUAUACAAGCAAAUUGAGCA